CGCAUUGUUGUCACUCCCCCUCCACAGCUACUGUUGACCCAGCUGCAUACACGCUUGAAACCACCAACUCAUCUGCCAUCCCGUGGCUACUUGUCUUUUAAAUCCAGUUUGUUUGCAAGCCAAGUUAGCGCUGUUCUCGUCCUUGCUGCUGUAGGAGUUCUGGCGAGUCCGCAGCCACUGCUGGCCAUGGAGCGAGGAAGCGGGUUUUCGUUCAUGAAGUAUGGGACGGCAGCGUCUCUUGCGAUGGUUCUGCUGGCGUACUGGUUACGACCUCCCGGGGAGUCAAGGCUGGAUGACCGGCUGGACACGGUGCUGUCCUCCCUGCUGCGGGCUGAAAGCAAAGUGGGGAUUAACAACGCCAGACCCAGGGUGGCGAUAGGUUUAGGGGGUUGUGUAGACAUCCUCGUGGACGGGGUGAGGUUGCUGAAUAAGAUCGGCCUGCCACCUACAGACCAGCCUCUCCAUCAUGACUACAUAGAGAACGCUGAUCAGCUGGCACAGAGCUUCGCUUACUUCUUUGUCCCGGGAGCCGCUGCAGAGCGGUUUGUGAUGAACAACACCCUGUUCAGUCAGCUGGUCGAGACAUCUCGUGAGUUGCCCGGCAACCGCUGGUCCAUAGGUGGCAACGCCCCAGUGAUGGCUGGUCGAAUGGCAGCCGAGGGCUGCGACGUGUUGCUAGGGGGGAGCUUUAGCCCUGACUUCGCUGAUGUACUGUCCCAGCAUAUCACAGUUGCAGGUAAUGUGGUGGACGAGCCUGAUAUCCAUCUGAUCCUGGAGUACCCAUCUGGAGCCACCUGGGGCCAGUACACCGCCCGCAGGGCCAACAGGUACAUAGUCCACAGUGAUGACCAUAACCCAUACCUAGCGUCACUGGAGGACUUUGAGGAUAAGCUGCAGGACUUCCAUCCUGACCUGCUGGUGAUGGGCGGGCUCCAAAUGAUGGACAGCUUCCCCUUCCGACAAGGUGAGAGGGAAAACCUGCUCUCUCGGCUUGGCAAUCUCCUCUCCUCCUCCUCCCCUCGGACAGGCGUCCAUUUUGAGAUGGCCAGCUUCGUGGAUGAGGGUCUAAUGGGGGACCUGCUGCAUCUGGUCCUACCCCACGCCGACUCCCUGGGGAUGAACGAGCAGGAGCUGCCCAACCUGCUCAGCCUUCUGAGGGGCUCUAACGUCACCGUACUCUCUGACCCUAACCCCCGCGUUGCUACCGUCCUCGACCAGAUGAGGGAGCUCUACCGCCUGGUCAACCAGCGCUACCGCGAUGCUAAUGAGGAUAGCGGCGUGGACGCUAAUGCAGCUAGCGCUAAAGGCCGGCCGCUGUCCAGGCUCCACGUGCACACGUUGGCGUUCCAGGCCAUGAUCGUGACGCGUGGCUCCCAGUGGAAGAACACCAUGUCGGCCGUGGCCAAGGCCUCGCUUACAGCCAACCGCCACGUGUGCGGCUCGCCGGACAUCGACCCCAGCAAGGCGCGGCUCAUCAUGGACGAGUCAUUCUCUGUGAGCCGGCAGGAGGGCAGCCAGCGGAUCCCUCUAGAGGAGACCAGGCCUGUCAGCUGCUGGGAUGAGGAUGACUAUGAGAUCUGUGUGGCGCCCAACCUAGUGUGCACAGAUGUUUACCAGACUGCAGGGGGAGGGGACAACAUCUCUGCCGCAGGACUGGUGCUGCAGAUCUGAGCCGACUUUAGCGACCAACGGCUAACUCUAGCAAAGAGAUCCCCUAACAUGUGAAGUCUUUUAUCAUUCUGGUUUUAGGUGUGUUGUUUGUGUUGCCGGUGCAAUGCAAAUGCUGUGUGCAGUGUGUCUGGCAGGGCUGAGCCUACUCCUCUUCUGUGCUUUUGGCUGUCCUCUGCCUACUCUCCCCCCCUUUCCUCCUGUGCUCCUCUUUCUCCUGUUCUCUCUGAGCAGUAUGACCUGACACAUCCACACACACUCAUACACUCUCUCAUUCCAUCAGGUGGAGCUCAUCUCAUAAUCUCACUCAUAUCAUAUGGGACCUAUUUCCUCAACCAGGGCCACGUUCCGUAGCCAAAUAUUGCAGAUAGAAAUACCACGAAUAGAGCUGACGUGAUUCCUUACUCUACAUGUCAGAGGCAUAUUUGUUCUACAUAGAAAUAUGCUAUCUGAAUAUCCAAAACGUUGCGUCAUACUGAACGUGCCCCCCAUGUGUGUGUGUUUUCCUUUGACGUGUGUGUUUGUCAGGUGUGUUAAGGUCCAGACACUGUUCACAUACACGUCACAUAUUCACUCCCUGUAGAGCAUUACAUAUAUACAUAUCUGGUGUCCAUAGCUAUUCCAUUCUGUCCCAGGAUAUCCACGCACAAAACAAACAUUCCAACAGUUUCACCAUUUCAGCCAAAACAUUCUAUAGUUUUUUUCUCAGGGGAAAGCUUUCCUUUGAUAUGACUGUUUUCAUGUUAACCUAAUUUAGAGCUGGUGGCAUACGGGCCUUAUCUCAUGUGUCUAGCGCCUGUACACAUAAUGCACUGUGAUGUUGUCAUCUUCAGUCUGAAUCCUAUGUAAUGAUUGAUGACAACCACAGGGGAGUGUUUCUCUGUUAUGUCUGUAAUGUGAAAGAGAGACUUGUUUUUACCCCUGACAUGAGCGUGUAUUCUUCUCAUAACCUCCUCACUCUCCGUAUACUGCCUGCAUCCUAUCAUAUCAUUGAGUCAUACACACAUUAGGCUCUUAAGUUGUGUGUUUGAAUGAUUCUUGCAUGGGCCACAUACAAGGCGCUUUGGAUAAAAGCAUCUGCAAAUUAAGUAUGCUAUAUCAGACAAACAAGUUUGUGUCAUUUAGAUGUUUUCUCUGCAGAACAGCUCAUAUGAUCUCUUUACCUGGGCCCAUAUUCAUAAAGAUUCUUGGAGAAGGAGUAAUAAUCUAGGAUCAGUUAUCUUUUAGCUCAUAGGCAAUUGAUUAAGUUUACAUGGACCGGGGUUAACCUGAUCCUAGAUCAGCACUUCUACUAUGAAACUCCUUAUGAAUACAGGCCCUGUUCUAAAGGGGGACUGGGUGCAUCCUACCAGUCUAAAGUGGCUUUCUCUCCUUGUUUCCUUUAUUUAAUUGGCACUGAUCAGAAAGAACUACACCUAUCCCCAAUCAGAUGAGUUGCAGAGGGAAGGGAGGAAGGAAGCUGCUGUGUACUACUGAGAUGCAGCAUGAAGCCUGUAGGCUUGGCAGGGUUUCUCCACUGUCCUCUUAAGGCGGAUGCAUUUAUUUCCAGACAGAACACCAUGCCACUCCAAGCUGAGUCCACCCCUCUGCAUGUGUUCCUGCUUCUCUGCAACUGCUUGUACACACCCAUGUUGUGUGUGCGUAUGUAUUUGCAUGAGUGUGCAUGCUUGCAGAAUAUAUUUGCUCCAGUGAAUGAAUGUGUGUGUUGCUCUGGCCAGCUGACGUAAUUGUUGUCUCAGGGAUUAUCUGACCUGUGCUGUUAAGGAGGUGUGGAAUAUCUGGGUCCUUCUUUCUGGAGGCUCUGGGAUAGAGACUUCCAGGUGGAUCGCAGUACAUGGAAGGAAGGAUGGCUCAUGGCCAGGUGAAUUGGUUUGUUCUGAGUGACUUGGGCGAAAUAAAGAAACGUACAUUCCA